AUGACAUCGACAUUUACCCUGUACCGCAGUCGCCUCCGGGAAUGGCCCCGCUUGGUUGUUGCCCUGGUGUCGCUCUAUGGGAUCUACUUCGCUACCACCAUCAUCCUGUCGACCAGCAAACACAUCCAAGCACUCGACAGCUUUGCCGACUACCAACAUGCAAUUUUACCACCGAUUACUCUACUUCAAGACACAAAGCAUCUUUUGUUUUCGCCGCCUCAGAAGCAGCUCUCGUUCAACCCCGGUGGCAAGGACGACACCAGCAACAGCAGCAGGGAUAAGCACUACAAGGGCAAUAACAAACCUCACACCAAGGAGAACAGCCGUCGGCCAGAACGGGAUACGUUUCUCGACAGCUAUCGAAUCACCCCAUUUCUCUUCAACCACUUCCGCCUAGUCGAGUCGUCAGCUUUCGAGCGGGAUGUGGACGGACACACGGAGGCCGCAGCGGUGUACGCACUUCUGGUGAUCGCCUCCCUCUCGAUCAUCGAUAAUGCCAUCGGACUCAUGGUCGCCACCCGUCGAUCUUUACGACUAACUCAGGUUGCGCUCGCGAUCUGGUGUCUUCGUUUCUUGUUCCGGGUCCUCUCGCUUGCUUCUGUACUAUUCAUGCUGCUCGCCGGGCACGACUUCCGGAAGGAGCACCCACUGCCACUAGAUCUGGAUUUCAGCAACAGCAACAGUAAUAACAAUCCGAAUACGGGGACGGGUGGCGGAUACGCGGAGAAGCUGAGCGGUGGAAUGACAGUUAUGGCGCUGGAGAUUAUUAUUGCGUUGGUGCACGGAUGGUCGCUGCUGGUGUUGAUCAGGGAUUUGAGGAACCAGCCGCGGCCCAGGACUGUGCUUGCACGUUUGUGGAUCUGGUUCUGUGGGACCAGGUGUGGGCAACGACUGGGGCUCGGUCGGUUUGCGGAGGGAUAUCAUGGCAUGGGAGGUAGCAUGGGAGGUAGCAUUGGAGGGGGUGGCAGCUAUGUGAGGUAUGGGGAUGUGGAGAGCAUGAGCAUUAGUAGUGGUAUUGGUGGUGGUGGUGGUGGUGGUGGUGGAGGGGUGUGGGAACGUGAGGUUGCAGCCAGCUUGGGGCUGGGUGGCGGACUGCUCAGUAGUGCGAGCAGUAUUAGGAGUGUUGCGGCAUCGAUCCCGGAGAUGAUGGGCGUGGGAGUCGUGGGGUCAGGACGGUCGAGUAUAUGCAGCUAUAGUAGUAGCGAGAAGGAUAUGAGCAUCAAAUAA